GACUGACACUGCCCGACUCCUCUCCUGAGAAGCAGCAAGAACGGGAUCUCUCGGUGCCAUGCCUCGGCCGGGUAAGAACUCGUACAGUGACCAGAAGCCACCCUACUCCUACAUCUCCCUGACAGCCAUGGCCAUCCAGAACUCCUCGGAGAAGAUGCUGCCUCUGAGCGACAUCUACAAGUUCAUCAUGGAGCGCUUCCCGUACUACCGUGAGAACACACAGCGCUGGCAGAACUCCCUCCGCCACAACUUGUCCUUCAACGACUGCUUCAUCAAGAUACCUCGGCGACCCGACCAGCCCGGUAAGGGCAGCUUCUGGGCGCUGCACCCGGACUGUGGCGACAUGUUCGAAAACGGAAGCUUUCUGCGGCGCCGAAAGCGCUUCAAGGUUCUGCGGCCCGAGCACAAGCCCGCCCUGCACCCGUAUCACCCGCAUCACCAUGCCCAGCAGCACCCCCCGCAUCACCACCACUCACAUCACCCCAGCAAGCUGGCCGCAGGUCAUCCGGAUUACUUAGGAGCCAUGGGACGGCUCUCCUCGCACUUCCAAAGCUACGCCCAGGCUGGGGGCUUCAAGCACCCCUUCGCCAUCGAGAGCUUGAUUGGCCGAGACUACAAGGGUGUGAUGCCCAUCGCCUCCGUCAUGCACCAUUUGGGCUACCCGGUACCUGCCCCUACGCUGGGGGGUGUGGUCAACCCCGUGUGGCCCCACGUAGGAGUUCUGGCUGAGCCGCCGCCCGUCCCGCCCGAGUACCCUUCCUUCGGGGUGGCCGUCAAGGGGCUCUACCACCAUCCUGGUGGCCCCAACAUGCCCGCUGUGCCUGUGCCCAUCAAACCCACCCCAACACUGGCCUCUAUGCCCGCUCUGACUGGUCUGUCCCGGAUGGACAGGGAAGCGACGGAUCUGACGGAAGACAAGAGUGGAGCUCUGCAUGCUGCUCUGCUGUAG